AUGAAACAAUCGCAAAUGCAACACAAGAGUUGGUUAUAAUUGUAGAGAUUUGAAGAGUAUGAGAUAAAUAAAAAAAAGUACCUGGAGAAGGAACAAGAAUUGAAAUUCAAGAGUUAAGAUUAAUAUGCUCAAUAAAAGCAAAUUAAUUGGAUUGGAGACAUACAUGAAAGAUAGACCUAAUUGCAGAAGGCCAAAUGGAAGUGGAUAGAGGAAUAGAAGAAGCGGUUAGAUUAGAAGAGAGAGAUGGAUCAAUUGGAAGGAGCUACAUUCCAUCCGUAAAUAUUAAAUAAGGAUCAAAAAAUACGUACUCCCGACCAAUUCUAUAAGGAUAAUCUGGACUAUAAAAAUAAAACUGAAAAACAAGUAUAGCAAUUAAUCAAGUAAAAAGAAGACUAAAUUAAUAACAGAAGUUGUUCUCCUAAGAUAAACAAGAAAUCUAUAUAGAUGGUAGUGCAACCUUUUUAUGACAGAUUGAAGGAUAAAUAGUUAGAGAAGGAAUAGAAUUUACUAAAAAUAAAAAAAAGCAUAACACCUUCCUUCAGUCCAUAGAUAUAUUCUCGCAAUUUUCAGAGUCGUCAAACCUAUCAAACUGUAUAACAAUUUGUGAAUUUGAAUUCAACCAAAAAUAAAACAUUUGAAAUUGAUUUGGAAAAUGUCAAAAAUGAUUAUAAAACAUUCACAUUCUUUGAAGACAUCAGAAGAUCUUAGCACUCACCUUCUGAAAACAAUCAAUAAAAUGAAAUUAAUAUCACCAAAAAUUUGCUAUUGCUAACUGAAAACAGCUAGAUCUUGAAUGCCCAAUCGAGUCCACAAUAAUGCACAGCCAAAAAGUAAUAGAGAUCUGUGAGUCCUUUAAAAUCCAUCAUGUCCAAGACUACCUAAAAGAAUUACUUUAAAAAAUGA